CUACACAUAUGCUUGUAGGUACUCGUAGUACGAGAAAACCUGUUAAUAAAGUAACGUAUACUCUCGUAUGCAUAACGACGAAAGUAACUGCAUGAGAAGUAAUUACAGUCUUUAAUUCGGAAUAGAGUGCUCGAUUUGUAUUGGAUGAUAUGCGUGAUUAUUAGAUCUAGCGGGUACUGUUCUUCAUCCACUCUUUUUGUGUGAAGCUACUUUGUAUUCUGCAUUCAGAAUAAUCUAAGUUGUCGUGCGCGUCGGUGUGUCUCCGGCUUGGUGCUUUUUCUCGUUCGCAAGCGGUCGUGUUGUCUAACAACUACCCUACCUACAUGCGGUUAAAUAUACACUUCAGGUUCAAAAAAUGGCAAUUUCGAAAAAUCUUUAACAGAAUACGAAAGACAUGACGGCUAUCGUAUACUAUAUCGCGCUGCUCUGCAGCUUGAGCCUUGUCCGGUCUCAAAAUCAAACCACAAAACUCACCACCUCUGCUCCACCUUCGACCACAACAGCAGCCCGAAAUACGAGUACGAGUAUUUCCAACGACCAGACAGCAUCAGCUAGCGGACCACGAGCUAUCAAGUCGAGAGCAGUCGCAGCUUUUACCGAUAAUUUCGCACUUUGCAAAAGAAACGCUCCAGAAUUCGAUAAAUGCGUACGAGAUGGGCUAAAUAACGUCAAAUCUUUCAUACCAAAAGGUAUACCGGAAUUGAAUAUACCGGCUUUUGACCCGAUACAUGCUAAGGAAGUAAUUCUCAAAAGAGGAGGUCCAACAUUCGGAUACAAACUCAAGCUAAAAAAUGUUAUGGAAAGUGGAUGGAAGUUAUCGGAUAUCACUAAAUUCAAGAGUAAUUUGAAACUGAAUACGGUGCAGUUUACGCAGUAUUUUCCAGAUAAAUAUUUAGAAGGAGAAUACGAAUUUGAAAGUUUAAUUCUAAGUCCAAAUUACAAUAAGGGUCAAUUCAAUUUAUCAUUAUAUGAUUACAAUCAAACCACAACGUUGAGUAAACCAAGAAAUUCUAAGUCAAUUAAAGUGAACGUCGAUGUUCAAGAAAUCGGUGAUAUGAAAUUACACAUCAGUAAUUUACUAAGGGGUAGAACGCGAAUGGAAAAUCUACUCGACAGGAUGAUCAAUUCGGCAGCUUGGAGACCAGGUUUUGUUAUCGUCAGACCAUUCGUGAGCGAAUUAGUAUCGACGGCUUUUACCGAAAUUUAUAAUAAAGUGUUCAAUAAUUUCGAUUUCGAUCAGAUAUUUCCUCCCACUUGACAAAGUUGACAAUGUACAACGACUUUCAAAAAGAUCUGAUACGAUGUGAUGGUUCAUCGUCCAUUCAUGAUGCAUCAAUGCGACCGUGACGUACUUAUUCAGUAGGUACCUAUGUAUUUUGCGCGGUCUCGGCCAUUCUUUCAUUGUAAUAGUUACCUAUCAUGCAUAUACGCACUGUAAGUCAUUCUCAUUAUCAUUUAAAAAACAUCAGCAACCGCUAACUGUUCUUUUUUAUAUCAUGCUUUUUUUAUACACACGUACGCGAAUAUUUUUAUUAUUAAAAUAUUUUGUUAAA